AUGGUAGUAAAACGUAAUACUUUAUUAAAAAAAAAUAAUAGUAAACUGGAGUUAGAAGAAAACCAAAAUUUUCAUGCGACUUUUUGGUUCUUUGGACAUAGGAUUUUGACGGCCUGGACAUAUAGAAUCUCAGAAAUCAGCUCUGACUUGGAAACUGAAAUCCUAGAUAAUGGCAAGAAAGAUUUCCAAUUUACGUAUGGGAUCGGAUGGAAAUGGAUUUCUGGUUCUUGGGUGGAUUGGAUGAAGCCUAAAGAAUUACUACGGUGGUUUCAAAAUUUUCCAAUUACGUUUAUUGAUCGGAAUCCAUGUGUAUUCUUUAUUGUAUGA